CAGUCGCAGUUUCUUUCCUGUUUCAAUUCGCGAGCAGUACUAUAAUUUCCCUCUGUGAUGACUGUUGUAGAAGAGUCGUAUUUGGAGUAGAAUUGUGAGCAAACCUGCACAUCAAACCGUGACUCUUUUGUUUGCAGAAAGGACAUUCUCCAUCAUGGCUGAGCAUUUAUCCCAGAGUGAACUGGACUAUCCUUUCAAGCUCUUGGAAUAUUUCAAUGGAUUCAGGAUCUCAAAGGCGAUAUUUUCAGCUUGUGAGGUAGGGGUGUUCGACCUACUCCUCCAGUCCCAAAAGCCCCUAAGCGCCGCCGAUGUGGCACAGCAGCUUGGCACCAGUCAAGAUGGCAUUGAGCGUCUGCUGGAUCUGAUGGUUGCCAUUGAGAUUGUAGAUGUGGAAGUGGUGCAGGGAAAUUCUCUUUAUAGCAGUACAGAUGUUGCUAAUCUCUACCUGGCCAAAAGCAGCCCCAAAUCUCUGCAUGAUUUGAUCAUUUAUUCCUCUCAGACCAUCUACCCGCUCUGGAACAAUCUGGUAGAUGCUGUUAGGGAAGGGAAGAACCAGAAUGAGAAAACCUUCGGCCUCCCAUCUGAAGAGAUCUUCUCUGCCAUAUACAGGUCAGAAGAGGAGAUGCUGAAGUUCAUGGGACUGAUGAACUCUACGUGGGUCAUUGACGGCCAUGACAUAGUGACAGCUUUCGAUCUUUCUAGCUUCAAGUCUGUCAUAGAUCUGGGAGGCUGCUCUGGUGCAUUGGCUCGAGAGCUGGCUAAAGAGUAUCCUUCCUCCAGCGUCACGGUUCUGGAUCUGCCGACUGUGGUUCAGACUGCCCAACGGCAUUUUGCCCAGCAAGAUGACACCAUCUGCUUUCAAGAGGGGGACUUCUUUGAGGAGGAAAUCCCUCCAGCAGAUUUAUUCAUUCUUGCCCGAAUCAUUCAUGACUGGAAAGAGGAGAAAAAUCUCAAGCUGCUGAGGAAGAUUCAUGCCGCAUGUCAUCCUGGUGGAGGUGUCCUGAUAGCAGAGGCGCUGCUGUUUGAGAAUCGCAAAGGUCCAACUAUGGUUCAGAUCUUUUCUCUGAACAUGCUGGUCCAGACCGAAGGGAAGGAACAUCCACCAUCGUAUUACACACGCCUGCUCACAGAUGCAGGAUUCAGAGACGUGCAGGUCUGUCGGACCGGAAAAUCAUACGAUGCUAUUCUGGCACUCAAAUGAACAAGCACCAAAAUGAUUUUAGUACCCUUUCUGCCUGGUCUGCAGUCCUGUUUUGAUCAGACACAUCAGUAAUCAUGUUCACGCACACCUCAGACAUCUGUUGUUUGUUUUGGGAUUAUUAUAAGGGAGUAUUUUCUCCAUCACAAUGUGAAUACACUACUAAUCCUUACAUUUCCUCCUCAAGACUGAAGUCUUGGUAGAGAUUAUGUGUAGUUAUUUGUGAAUCUUCCUCCCUGAGGCCUGCAGAAGUGGUCUGAGAGGCGGUGGGACAGGAGCUGUUUUUCAUUGGCCAGUGAUGUGUCAAAAAUAAGCUCCUCCCUCCAUCCUGUCUGGUGUAUCUAUGCACUGCCAUCGUGACAAAUGGUGACGUGUUGACCCCUAGUGGUUGUUGGUUGUACUAAAAAUGUAUAAAAGAUUAAAAAACAUGUAUAAUCUGUAAAUAUAACGGCAGAAGGUGAUUUUUUUUAACUGAAGAAGGCUUCCAUAUCAAUCAAUUUUAUCUUAUGAGGAUUUUUAUUGUCAAAUAUUCCAGACAAAUUCAAGUAAAUCUACCCAUCCUACUACCGGAGGUUGUUUUAUGAAGUUUUUGAGGGAUAGUUCACCCAAAAAUGAAAAUUUGCUGUUGAUAAGUUUAAUAUACAAAAUAUUAGAUGAGAUUUUUAGCCGAAACUGUGGUCCUUAUUGAUUAAUAAGAUGCAAAUUAAUGGAUACUUGUAUGUUAAGAGUCCUGCUGACAUGCUGACGUCUCCAGACUGUCAUCAACACACUGUUUGCUAAACACUGUGGAUUAAUUUUGUUGUAAACGAGUCACAAUUUGGGGUGUCAUGGUGUGUAGCAUGAUUGCCUCACAGCAAGAAGGUCGCUGGUUUGAGCCUCGGCUGGGUCAGUUGGCAUUUCUGUGUGGAGUUUCAAUGUUCUCCUCGUGUUGACGUGGGUUUUCUCCGCAUGCUCCGGUUUCCCCCACAAGUCAAAAUACAUGCGGUAUAGGUGACUUAGGUAAACUAAAUUGGCCGUAGUGUGUGUGUGUGUGAAUGAGUGUGUAUGGAUGUUUCCCAGUGAUGGGUUGCAGCUGGAAGGGCAUCCGCUGUGUAAAACAUAUGCUGGAUAAGUGAGUUGUAUAAAAACAUAUGCUAGAUAAGUUGGCGGUUCAUUCCGCUGUGGCAACCCCUGAUUAAUAAAGGGACUUAAAGACAAAAAAAUGUAAAGAAUGAAUGAAGGCUCAAUUUCUUGCACAGACCAUUUAUUUAGCUUCAGAAGAUUUCAGUGUAUAAAGAUGCACAGAUAUACAUUUUCUAUUGUGUUUGUGCAUUCAAUCAGGGGCAUUCAAUUAAAUACCAAAGACCUCAGUUUAUGCUAAAAACCUUAUUUAGGGAAUAAAGUCUACACCUUGGGUGGCCAAAGAAUGAUUAUAUUAAAAGUUUCUUUUUUAAAUCAUUAUUUUAAAUCUAUUGUUUGUGUACAAACACUUUUUUUUCCCUUGUGAACACAUGCACCACCCUUGAUCAUGUGCCAUACAUUAUAUUUUCCAUUUUCAAACAGAAAAAAAUCUAAUAAAGGAAAAUGAACAAA